AGUUUAGCAUGCAACACGUGUCGCGAGGAAGUCAUGAGAGGGAUAUGACGGGGAGGAGGGAGGAAGAGAGAGGUUGCUAGGUGACGGAGCGUACAUACUGAAUUUUAACAAAAUCACGGCAGAGGAGAGGGUGAGUGAGAGGGACAUAGAGGUAGCAGUCAGCAACAUGUAGCCUCGCCGGGUGGAAAAAAAGGCUCCAAAACUGUUCGGCUCGUGCGCGCGCAUUAUCCUGCCUGUCUGCAUUUUUUUAUUUUUUAUUUUUGGGGGGGGGAUUGUGAUGUAUUGUCGCUCUAUCCCGAGGACGUUACCCCGCAAUAAUACAAUCAAUCAGGCUGCGUACCGCAGGAAAUGUCCAGUGGAGGGAUGGACGGGUGGAUUGUGGCGCACAGGGAGAAGAGCGGGAGAGCGAUAAGAGGAGGAGGAGGAGAGAGCAGGAGCUCCUGAAAACAGAAAAGCACAACCUCAAGUACACCACCCCCAUCCGUCACCACCCUCCCUUCACCCUAACAGACUGCACCCACUGCCUCAGGUUCCUCAGACCUCACUCAGCCUGACGUGCCAAACACCAGACAACCUCCCCUGGCCCACCCCUUACCCCAUGGUGGCCCCAGGGCCCACCCUCUCACUGCUGUUGGCUGUCCUGGCCUGCAUGGGGCCCGUGCGCCCCUCGCCCCCCCUGCUGCUCCGGCCCCGGGAGAGAGAGAGGGACUCGGGUGGUAUCAACAUAGCCGUAGUCCACUCUGGCUCCUCCCUGCUCCCGGAGGCGGCGGUGGUGGGAGGCGCGGGGGUCGGCGAGCCAGGUGGUGCGUCCGGUCUGGGAAAUGGUCCUGGAGGAGGAAGGGGAGUCACGGACACGGCUUCACUGGCAGAACUGACUGGCAUGGGGUCUGUUGCUGCUUCCUCGUCAUAUCUGGCGGCUCUGGUUGGGGAGACAGUGAUGACGCCAUCGGGUCAGGCCAACGUAAUCUACCUGGCUGUGAAUGAGAGCAGUCCUGGAACCCUGCUACUGCAGCUGUGUGAGCUGCUGGCCACCACACCCCUGCAGGGCCUUGUGUUUGAGGAGGAGAGGCCGCCGCCACCCAACCGCGCCCCCCUGGCUCCCAUGCUCGAGUUCGUCUCCGCUCAGACGGGGGUUCCCGUGGUUGCUGUUGGGGGAGGAGCUAGCUUGGGCCGCGAGCCACAGGAGAGUGGCUCCAUCUACCUCCAGUUCACCUGCUCCACCAUGCUCCAGCUUGAGGUCAUCUUUGAGGUGCUCGAGGAAUACGACUGGACUGCCUUCUCCGUGGUUACCACCCGUCACCAUGGCUACGAGGACUUCUUAGCCAUGGUGGAGGGUAUGACGGACGGUUCAUUCAUUGGCUGGGAAAAGAGAAGCGUUGUGGUUCUCAAUGUGACAGAUGACCCUGGUGGGACCCGAACCAAACGGCUGCUCAAAGACAAUGAAUCCCAGGUCCGCCUUCUCUACUGCUCCAUGGAAGAAGCUGAGCUGAUUUUUCGGGCGGCCUGGGCAGCGGAUCAGGCCGGGCCGAGCCACAUGUGGUUUGCCGUGGGGCCGGCCCUGUCCGGGUUGGGCCUGGAGGGACUGCCUAAAGUGCUGUUUGCCAUCAGGCCACAGGGCUGGAGGGACGAGCCGCGCAGACGAAUUGCUAAGGGGGUGUCUGUGCUCACACACGGGGCCAUGGCUCUGCGACGAGACCAGGGGGCCACCAGCCGGGCACAGUACGCUGGGAACUGCCAGGGCGACGGCAACCACACCCACCGAGUGCUAGACAGGAUCAGGUACUUCACUAACAUCUCCAUCGGUGGGCGGGACUAUUCCUUCAACAGUGACGGAUACUUGUCCAACCCGCUGAUCGAUGUCAUCUCCUACACCAAUGGCAGAGGCUGGGAGGAGGUUGGCUGGUGGGAGAACGGACACCUGCGUCUGCGUUACCAUCCAUGGUCUCGUUACGGAUCUUUUUUGAAGCCCCUGGACGACUCGCAGCACCUCCGCGUGGUCACUUUAGAAGAGAGGCCUUUUGUCAUCGUGGAGCCCGCUGACCCCGGCACAAGCUCCUGCAUCCGGGACUCUGUGCCCUGCAGGAUGCCAAUAAACUCCAGUUUGGUGGUGGAGGGAGCAACUCCCAUGAAGCACUGCUGCAAAGGGUUCUGCAUUGAUGUGUUGAAACGUCUGGCCAAGAUUGUAGGCUUCACCUACGAUCUUUACCUGGUGACAAACGGCCGGCAUGGGAAGAACAUUGACGGGGAGUGGAACGGCAUGGUCGGCGAGGUGGUUUCCAACAGAGCCGACAUGGCCAUUGGCUCCCUCACCAUCAAUGAGGAGCGGUCGGAGGUGGUGGAGUUCUCUGUUCCGUUCGUGGAGACCGGCAUCAGCGUCAUGGUUUCCCGCAGUAAUGGCACAGUUUCUCCCUCUGCGUUCCUGGAGCCCUACAGCCCGGCGGUGUGGGUGAUGAUGUUUGUGAUGUGCCUGUCAGUGGUGGCUGUCACAGUCUUCAUCUUUGAGUUCUUCAGCCCCGUGGGAUACAACCGCAGCCUGCAGAGUGCCAAGAAGUCAGGCGGAUCAAAGUUCACAAUCGGGAAGUCUGUCUGGUUGCUGUGGGCGCUGGUUUUUAACAACUCUGUGCCGGUAGAAAAUCCCAGAGGAACGACGAGCAAAAUUAUGGUGCUGGUGUGGGCCUUCUUCGCUGUCAUCUUCCUGGCCUCCUACACUGCCAACCUGGCAGCCUUCAUGAUCCAGGAGGAGUACAUUGACACGGUGUCAGGGCUGUCAGAUAAGAAGUUUCAGCAGCCGACAGAGCAGUACCCGCCUCUACGCUUCGGCACAGUGCCAAAUGGAAGCACCGAGGAGAACAUCCGCUCCAACUAUCCAAACAUGCAUCAGUACAUGAUCCGGAACAAUCAGAAGGGUGUGGAGGAGGCCAUCGACAACCUUAAGACGGGCAAACUGGAUGCCUUCAUUUAUGAUGCAGCAGUGCUGAACUACAUGGCGCGAAAAGACGAGGGCUGCAAGGUGAUGACCAUCGGGUCGGGUAAGGUAUUCGCCACAACAGGUUACGGAAUCGCCCUGCACAAGAACUCCCGCUGGAAAAGGCCGCUGGACCUGGCUCUGCUGCAGUUGGUUGGAGACGAUGAAAUUGAUAUGUUGGAGCGCCUUUGGCUGUCUGGUAUUUGCCACAACGAUAAAAUAGAGGUGAUGAGCAGUAAGCUGGACAUCGACAACAUGGCAGGAGUUUUCUACAUGCUCCUGGUAGCCAUGGGCCUGAGUCUGCUGGUGUUUGCCUGGGAGCAUAUGGUGUACUGGAAGCUGCGACACUGUGUCAAAAGGUCUGGUGGGAUGGACUUCCUUCUGGCUUUAAGCAGGGGGAUGUACAGUUGUUGCCAAUUUGAGGAUGAGACGGCACCAGGAGGGGGUGCCGGCACUUUGCCUCAAUACCACACUGUGACCACCAUGCCCAAUGCCCCGCAACAGCACCUUGUAACAGCUACAGUAAACAACACAACAGCCAUUGCCAUGGUCCAACAACAGCAGAAGCAUCAUCAACAGCAGUCAGGGCAGACCUAUACCACCAUGCUACCCGGCUCACCACCCACUACGGGACAUUCAGCAGUGGCAUUGGGUCCCUCAAAUAGUCCCUUACUAGAGGGCCCCAUGCCUUGCUCCACCUUCUUGCCUCGUCAUGACCGCAGACUGGCUGUGGUUGAUCGCUGGAACAGACCAAAGCAAGAGAAAGCCAUGGGUGGAGGCAGCAGUGGAGGAGUGGGUAUAGGAGGAAUUGCAGGAGGAAUCACUGACCUACAGGCCAAACAGCAGUAUCAGCAGAACCUGGGGCAGGCCUGGAGCAUGCAAAGAGGAGCAGGUGUAGCAUGUGAUACAGGUUUAGAUGAAUACAAGCGUUACUAUGGGCCUAUAGAUCCAGAAGGGCUUGGAAGUAACACUGACCAACAGGUUGGGGGCCUUCAGCAGACUCCAAAAGCCAAUCCUCGAGGCAUUAAAGCCUUGGGAAUGCCACGAUUGCCACCUAAAGGCAUGCAGCAAGGUCAAGCACACUUAAUUUCCAAGCCUCCUCCACCAAUGCCAUCCUCCCCUAGAAGGCCUCCCUUCUGGAGACGAGGAAGCCUUGCACAGGCAAGAAGAAAAGGCUCAGGGGGUCCUUUGUAUGAGAAUAUCCUUCCUUUAGGAAGGCGAGGAGGGGGAAGAUAUGGAGCAAAUGAUGGAGGUAGAAAAAGGGGACGCCACCCCCUUCCACCUCCUACUCUUCCAGUCCCCCUAUCGUCUCCAACUCAUACCCCAACAACUCCCUCCUCUCCGUGCUGUUUCUACUCAUCUUGCUCCAGUGCCUCAUCUUCCUCCUCCUCUUCAUCCUCCUCAUCUUCUUCUUCAUCUACAGGGUCACUUUCUCGAUCAAAUUCCCCCUCUUCUUGCUCCAGUGACAGCUCUUACAACUCAUCACUGAGUUUCCGUUAUCGGGCAGGAAACCGUGACUUUGUAGUAGAUGAUGAGGGUGAUUCAGAUUUACUCACAGAAGAAUCCAGCCUUUUGCUGGGAUCAAAGAAAAAGAUCCGCACCCGUCGAAUGUCAUCCCGCUCACUGCCAUGCAGCCCCCCACCUCCUCCCGUCCCUCCCCGAAAGCCCCGUCCUCAGAGGGACUAUGUUAGGGACAGAACUGGAAGUCAGCUGGCCCAGCUUCAAGAGUGGUGGGCCUCUUGGGCUGACAGAGAAAGAGUAAGAAGGAGUUCAACAAGCCGAGGCGAUGGAGAGGUGGGUAGGGAGGAGAAGAGACACCACAAAGAGAGAGAGCAUGAGAGAAAGAGAAGAAAGAAGGGGCGAAAGAAAAAGAAGAGGGAAGAAAGGGAAAGAGAAAGAGAGCGAAAACAACGCAAAACAAAGAAGAAAAGAAAAAAAGAGGAUAAGACAAGAAAGAGAGAUCAGAAAAGGUCAGAGCAGGAGGGAGGAGAGCCAGAUAAAAGAGAGGAACCCAAAUCAGGGACACUAGACUUCCCUCCAUACCCAUCUUUAAGACGACAGUCUUUUCGGAAAAAGAGCGAGAGCUCAAUCAGAAGCUAUGGAUGGAACAUCCCAGGUGAAAAUGAAAGAAAAGAAAGAGAAGAAAAGGAGCGAGGUGAUGGAGAAGACUGCAAAGAAAAGGAAAGACAUCACAGAAGAAGAAACAGUAAGCAUUAUAAUAGUUCUAGUAGUAAGCCCUCUACAUCUGUGAAAUUCUGGGGAGGGGGCAAUCCUUCUUCUGAUGCAACUCCAUCUGCUUUUUUGCCCCUAUUACCCGCCUCUUCUAAAAGACGUAAGAGUAAAAGUUCAGAUAGAGAUACUUUGGGGAUUGAAGGAGAGAGAAGACCAUUGUUGGGAAGGAAUGACCGAGGUGAGUUGCAAUCAAAGGAGGGGUUGUCCUUCCAUGAGUGGGAGUCCCCAGCAGAAAAUGUGGAAGACGGAUCAGAACCAGAGAUGAGGAAAGCAGAACAUGGGAAGAGGCACAGAGGAGGAAGAACUACAUCUGAUGAAGAGCGGGAACGUGACAAGGUGGUUGGAAUAUAUUCUGAUGAUGAUGGAUCUUCAGGAGAAUUUGGGAAAUUUGAGAGAUACUGGGAAGAUCAUGAAGGGAGGGCAGUUGGGGGGAUUGGAGGAGGAGGUUGGUUCUUUAGCACUUAUCCUUCAAGGGACAAAACAGGGAGCAUCAACAGCAGAGAUGAUCUGUUCCAGGAGAGAGGGCAAAGGUGGAGAACAGCAGAAGGUGGCUGGAGUUCAAGUGCUGUUGGAGGUGGAGGUGAAGAAAGGGGAUGGGGAUCAGGUUCACACUGGCCCCCGCCUCCCCUCACGCCACCACCUCCUCGACGAUAUUGGUCAGUGGAUAAGCUCCAUGUGCAGGAGGACAAGAAGAGUAAGCGCAAGUCAAAGGACAAAGGCAAGGGACACACAACUUGCUCGUCGUGCCAUUCACCCAGACAUCAUCCGCACUCCUCCAAAUGGGCACGUGUGACUUCACGAAGCCAGGAAGAGCUGUACCGCCAUUGUCAAAGUUUUGGGGGUCCUUUAAAGCCAAAACAUGAUUCCUCAUCCUCAACAAAACCUGAUCGAUCACAUAAUCCCACCAAAACUGGCAGCCAGUCAAACAUCAGUAUCCAGCAAAGGACACAGAGAGCGGACAGGGAUCGGGAGCGAGGGAUACAACCAUCGCCACCUUCAUCUCUUAUACCCAACUUGCCACCCCCACUUCCUGCCCUCCCAGCUCCUCCGUCCUCAUCUCACUCAAUCCACGUACCUCCCCAAACCUCAUCCUCUUCUGUUUCCUCACCCUCUGUGGUAUCGUCCGCGCCAGGAGCACCACAUGCCUCCUCCAUGGCUUCGGCAAGUGCCAAGUUGCAGUACCAGAGACUGCGCUCCAUUCCGCAGCCCCAGAGGUUUCCUCAGUCUCCUCAUUUACCCCUCAAAGCCAAGAGCCUUUGCUCACGAAGGGACUCAGCACAGUUCUCUAGUGUAGAGAGUGAAGUCUGACGUACAGCAAAGGGUCUACAGCGAUGUGGAUCUCGUGCAAGGUUCAUGCCACCCUGAGGAAUCGUAAACCUGGCAGCAUGGUGGCAAAGUGGCUUCAAAGCCAAAUAAGAACUGUUAUGCACUGAGCCCUUUUAUAAUGUUCUGCACAAACAAGCAAACAAACCAGAGAGCCAAACAAAGUCAGUGGAGUAUUUCAGCGGAGUGCUCACUGUUGUUUCCUCAUAUUCUUCUAAGUAUGUAAGAAACGACAACUGCAGCAUUGACUUUCACUCUAACUGACCAAAUCAAUAAAUCAAAUAUUAAACGCAGUGAAACUGUAAAGAGACUAUUAAAAGAGAAAGACUUGUAGAGAGGAAGCAGAGAGCAGUACUGUAUUAAGAGGAACCUUUAUGCUUGGUGAGGGCUCAGGAACUUUAUAGUACCAUUCGCCUGCUGCUCUCAGAAGCCUUUAACAGAGUAAUAUCAUUUUUUGUCUUUUAAACACAGUGUAUUUCUUUUCCCGCAACAAGCUGUUUACACCCCCGCAGAACUGUGACACCCACCAAGGGUUACCACUGUUGUGUCAUCAAGAUCAUGUGUAAAAGGGAUGUAGAGUGAUUAUCAUCUGUUCUUCUGGUAUCCCUCGUCUUUUUUGCUUUUCCUCCCUACCCCACCAACUCACCUCUUCUCUGUGCUCUCUUUAUUUUGGUCUGUCUUUUUCUUCUCCUUCCCUCCUCAUUUCAUACGUCAAUCUUCUUCUCAUCUCGUCUCCUAGUCGGCCCUCCUGGCUCCUCUCUUUGAUGUGAUUCUUCUGUGUCUGUGCUUUUCUGUGUUUGUAUUCUUGACAAUACAGGGUAAAUCAGCUGUGACUGAAAUUCUUCUGGCUUAUUGAAAAGCUGAGUGCUAAACUGAAGUCAAGCUCUCCAUCAACCUGUACAGCGUCAGCAGCUGUGAAUCUUUUUGCUUUGCAGAGUAUUACAUCAUCUCCCCAAUAUGUUAGAGUCCUCAUGCGCUCACACACAAGUCAAAGGACAUGUCAACUCAUGUGUUCAUCUGUUCUUCUUGAACAAUACAUGGUUUGACCUUUGUUCAUGUUUAAGCUCUUUUACCCAGAGACCAUUAAUUUAUUUCUGUGUUAUAGUUGUCGUUGCUGUUGAUGGUGUUCUAUAUGUUAAACAUAUAUUAAAUCUAAUGUAAUCACUGUGCCACACUACUCAAGCUUGGGUGCACAUCAAAUGUUCCCUGAACUACCUUACUACAGAAACAGACACCGUCUGUGCUUUCUCCUCGUUUUCGACUGAAUGUAAAAUCCAGCCACAACACGAGUUCUGCAGCAACAUUUACUAUACAAAGUGAAGAUGAACACAAUUAAACUUCAGAAACUUAUGAUUGCUGUGAAAAGUAUUUCUGUUGUGUUUUGUACAUUUAAUUUGUUGGAUAAAAAGAAGAUACUACACAAAACUACCCACUGAAAUAAAAAAAUGAUAAUUAUAAGGGGAAAAAAAGCUGUCCAAACAUGACAGGGUGAACGUUAAUAAUCUAAACCCAACCCACUCUGUGCCACCCUAAACAGACACAACCUUAACCAAGUGUUUGUAAAAUCCAACAGUUUUUCUUAUCUUUGUGAAACCUUUUACUUCCUUUUUCUUUGCGGAUCUAAAUAAAUUCCAUGUUUGCCAGAACUGAUGACUGUUUAUAGAGUCAUAAACAAAUUCUCAGUGGAUCUCCUUGAUCCUCUCAAAAGGUGGGCUCUGCUGUAUUUGGAUCCUAGUUGUGCUGCUGAUCCAAAGUGCUCUUAACAUUGAGCUCAUGAACUAAUAAAUAUUUUUCCAUCAAAUUUGUUAUUAUUUUUUGGAAACGACAACUGAAUUGAGGGUCCCACCAGUUAAAAUAAAUCAUGCACGUUUUUUAAGAAGCAAGGAAGGCUGAUACUACCACAACCGUGUUUGAAUGUUGCUCUGAUGUUCAUUUUCUCAAAUUCUGUUAGUUUGACCACAAAUGUACCGUAAUAGUGAUGGAAUUACACAUUCAAGAAUGGUUAUCUUCUGUCUCAUCAGAAUAUUUUUCAUGGAGAUAAUCAAGAUGUUUUUGUCAAAUGUAAGGUGGGUUAUUGUUUUGUUUUUGCUUAGUGGUUGUCACAAAAUGGGCGGACGCCUGGUUCCAAUUGCAGCAGGUUUAAUUAGCAGAGCUAAAAGUGCAAAAAACUAAAUCCAGAUCAGGCAGGCAGGGGUCAAUAACAAGCAUGGGAGCAUCAGAGAAGAAACAGGAGUAGUCAGGAUCCAGGCGAGAUAUGGUGCAGGCGGCAGGCAAACUGAGUGAAAGACAAAACAGGGUCAGGAAGUCAGGAGAUCAGAUCCAGAUAUGAUGCUAUUUAUAAUCCAGGCAGAGUGGCACCAAAAAUACUUCCCACUGAGUGAGGCUCAGUGCAGUGCUUACGUGUACUGUGAGUGAUUUGCAAAUGAAAGUCAGGUGUGUGUCAUCCAGGAACUGUGCGCUGGGUUUGCUGGGAAGUGGAGUGAACUGCAUUCAGGACUCUGGAGACGGUUCCCGCUGGUGACCAGACAGGGAGACAGAGCUCUGACUUCUGACAGUGGCGACUUUCUCUUUGAAUGCUCCCUUGGAUCCAUUUAUUGUACAAAGGUCUCUAAAAGUUGUAUCCCAAAGUCCAAAAGUUAUUUCCAUGUUGUUCUGCUUCUUUAUUGACCUCCUGGAGGACUCCUUGGGAUCAUUUUGGCCACUCCUGCGAUGAAUUCCACUGCUUUGUCUUCUCCCUUUGUGGAUGAUGGCCUCCACUGUGACUCCCUGAACUCCUGAAGUUAAAAGAAUAUCUUCAUAAGCCUUUCAGACUGAUGCAUGGCAUUCACUUUGUGGUGAAAGAGGAAGUUACUCUCACAAGAAGCAAUGUAGGUUUGGACAGCUUUUUACCCAAAAUAGAUGUAAUCAUAUUUAAAAAUAUAUAUUUUUCCUUCAUUGGGAUACAGUUGUAAUAUUUUAUAAAACACUUUAAUCAAAAACAUUCACAGAAGUAAAAAGAAAUCUGAAAAACCUUUAUAGAUUUUAUGAUCUAAUGUUUAUUUUGCCACAAGCAGGACGUUUUGGAAAAGGUCCAUGGACAUAAACUGCUGUCACAUGUAAGGACUAAUGGUCUUCACGGUUUAAGUGGAAUUUCAUUGGUCCAGAAAAAACUACAUGCAGUGCCAGAGCCGUUUUGAUGUCAAAAAGACUACCUGUGUUGAAAUCUGGCAGAUGGAGGGUGUGUGAAAAACACAGUGGCACCUUCUUUGAAGUGUUUAUUUUAAGAACAACAAAAAAAGCCUUUAUCAUCUUGUAAAUGUUGAACCAAGAGCUUUUGCUUUUUAAAAUCCUUGAUCAGGCUGUCACCAGCAGUUACCCCUUAUAUCCAGUAAACGUGGUGUUUGGAGUCUGUUGAAAAGAUGGUAAGGGUUGGUACAGAAUUGUUACGGUUUAUCAAAACCGCCUGAGCCAUGCUUCUCAAAGGUACAGUUUAGCUCAUGUUGAUUGCCUGGAACUGCAUCUGAGCCAUAAAUUCCUCCAAACGAAGAAAAACAAAAGAAAACUUAUGUUUAUAGCAUAAAUCUGUUGUGUACAGUUUGAUUUUCUUUUAGAAAAAAGCUCUUUCUCUCUCUAUAUAUAUAUACAUAUAUUUCAUAUAUGCAGUAUAUAUUUGUGGCGAUGGGUAGAAAAAGAUGUUAAUAUUUAAGAGCAUAAUUUUUUUCUUCAUUUAAAUAAAGAGUAAAAAUGUUUCACGAAUCUGUCAUGUUUACUGGCAUUUAGCUUAUUUUUUCCAAUGGAUAGAUCCAGAGAAAGUGCAAUGCUUAGCAUUUAACAAUCAGUGAGUAAUGUAACAUUAUUAUUAUUUAUUACUAUUAUUUUUUGCAUUCGAACAAAAAAUAUUACAAAAGCCAGUUAACCUAAACAAAGACACAUCUUAAAGAAAUUAUUUAAAAGCUGUAAAAAAUGUCAGCAACAAGAAUUGAAUCUAAAAUAAUGUGUUUCCCCUUCUUGUUUUUCCCUGUGUUUUUCCAUCAUGCUGGUUGGUCUAAAAGCUAUUUUGUAUUAAAGUCUGUGAAUAAUUUCGUUUCAUUAGCAAAAAAAAAAAAAAAA